GCAAAGCUGUAUACACAAACCAAAUUAAUAGCGAAAUAAACAAAGAUAAUCGCGCAGUUUACGUUGCUGCUUUGAACCUGCACAUUCAAGCCGGCAAGCGGAUAAUGUACUUGGGAGAAACGAAAUUUAAGUGCUUCUGUCGAUGCAAAGCGGGUUAUCGUGCGAUGCAACUGCUUACAGCAGCGAACCCACUUAAUAUACACUUAAUUGGAGCAAUUUCUUCAUUGGGCGUUGUAUCCAUCGACAGACAGCGGGAUUCCUUCACAAACGAAAUGUUUGGCACAUGGUUAGCCUCGAUUCUACAACAGUGGCAGAAAAAUGGAAACAGUCUGAACGAUUUAGUCAUCGUAUGUGAUAAUGCGUCAUAUCAUUCUAAUAUAGAGCAGUGUGUGGCAAUUAUUUCUCAUGGUUGCACACAAGUGCUGCGAUUGCCGCCAUAUUCCCAGAUGCUGAAUCCCAUUGAAAUUAUUUGGGAAAAAGUAAAAAUGUUUGUUAAAAGCCACAACUCAAAAAUCGAAAUGCGAAAUGAACUAAAUGUAAUAGAACAACGACUACAAUAUUUGGAAAACUUGUUAGAUGAUGCUAAAGGCACAAUUACAGGCGUGGAAUGCGAAAGAGCCUUUCAAAGAUCAUAUGCUCUGCAUGUAGAUGCCGCUGCGCUAAAAGAUAUGCCCAUAUGCUUAAAUUAAUUUUACCGUCAAGUACAUUGAUAAUUGUUAGAUUUUAUUAAGUAGAAAAAUUAAAUAAUUAUGUAAUACUAAAUAAAAAAACAAUGAAUUGCUUUUUCUGCAUUUUUAUUUGUCGUUUCCCCCAUUAAGUCAAUAGAGGAGUUGUGCGAGCAUGUGUCGUGAAUUUUAACGAAUCAAGUUCUGUAAUAUGCCACUACUUCCAAAGGAUACACAUAACUAAAAGUCGUCUUUAAAGAUUUGCAUAUUUUAACUUUUAGUUGUAGAAACCAUAAAAUUUAUUCAUCCAACAAAACUGAGUUUUAAACCAAAUAAUAAUAGUAAUAGUAA